AUGUGCUGUCUUUUCUUAUCUAUCUAUCUAUCUAUCUAUCUAUCUAUCUAUCUAUCUAUCUAUCUAAGUACUUUUGAAUCUAUCUAUACCCAGUCUUUUCAUUAUCUAUCUCUCAGUCUUGUUAUAUCUAUCCAAGUCUUUAUAUCUAUCUAUACCCAGUCUUUUCAUAUCUAUCUAUCUAUCUAUCUAUCUAUCUAUCUAUCCAAGUCCUUUUAUAUCUAUCUAUCUAUCCUAAUCUUUUCAUUAUCUAUCUAUCUCUUUUUAUAUCUAUCCAAGUCUUUAUAUCUCUCUAUCCCAAUCUUUUCAUAUCUAUCUAUCUAUCUAUCUAUCUAUCUAUCUAUACAAGUCCUUUUAUAUCUAUCUAUCUAUCCCAGUCUUUUCAUUAUCUAUCUAUCUAUCUAUCUAUCUAUCCAAGUCCUUUUAUAUCUAUCUAUCUACCCCAGUCUUUUCAUUAUCUAUCUAUCUAUCUAUCUAUCCAUCCUACCAGUUUAUAUCUAUCUAUCUCACCUGGUUCAUAUCUAUCUGUCUGUCUAUCUAUCUAUAUCAGUCUGUUAA